AUACAAGUCAAAUCAUAAAUAUUUUGAGUGGUCAACGUUCGAAUUUUUGACAAGAAAACUGAGGGGAUGUCAACUUUAGCAGGUAGCAUCUACAUAAAUCCGGUCUGGUUUCCAGGCGUAAUGGAUGAGAAUGUGUUGCGAGGACUGGGGAGUGUUGGCGUGGAUCCCCAUGCCCAACAGAGAGUUUUGCAGUAUUUCAAUGAAUUAAAAUCAUCACCUGAUGGCUGGAAAAUCUGUGCAUCAAACUUUACAACAGGACAGUGGCCAAGCAAUGAAAUACGAUUCUUCUGUCUUCAAGUCAUUGAGGAUUUCCUGAAGCACAGGUAUAAGGUGGCAACCAUUGAAGAUCAGCAGAACAUUAAAGCAUUGCUAUUGCUUGCACUCAAAGUACAGGCUGACCCUGAAGUGACCUACAAGAGUUACCUUCUGAACAAAGUUGCCCAGAUAUUCUCCUUGGCUUUUGUUGUUGACUACCCGCAGCGAUGGUCAAGCUUUUUCACGGACCUGUUCCAGUCAUUGACUGGACCGGGAACGGUGGAUCUCUACCUCCGAAUAAUGCUGGCAAUUGACUCAGAAGUCGUGGACAGGGAGAUUGUUCACUCUCCCCAGGUAGAAUCAGAGCGCAAUACAAUGAUAAAGGACAGUAUUCGGGAGCAGUGCGUAGGACAGCUAGUCGACUCAUGGUAUCAGAUUUUGACUAGCUACGAAAAGACCCAUCCACAGAUUGUGUGUAUGUGCUUGGAUGUGAUUGGACGAUAUGUAUCGUGGGUGGAUAUAAGCCUGAUUGCUAACGAUAGGCUUGUGCUGGUGUUGCUUGAGUUUAUGAAGAACAAGUUGUUGAGAGAGAGCACAUGUGACUGCAUUCAUGAAAUCAUAAGCAAAGGAAUGGACCCAGUGGCCAAGACUAAACUGGUGGAGUCAUUUGCUACCGUCUUGGACAGUGCAGGGGUCAUGAAUGUAUCUGAGGAUGAAGAAGGAGAUUAUAUGGCAAAGCUAGCAAAACUUGUGAACGGAAUGGGAACCAACCUUGUUGUCAGCUGGCAAAAACUUGUCAAAGCUGGAGACCUCCCGAAUGCCAACUUCACACUCCAGGCAAUCGAGAACAAAGUUCCACUUCUGCUAACAUUCCUUGGAGACGAGGAUGAUGAUGUUUCCAGUGCUGUGAUAAGCUUUGCUCAAGAUUACAUUAAUGUCCUGAAACAAAUGAAUCCUAUCAGCCCUACACAGCGAGAGAAUAUGGAGCGUUUACUUUGUGUCCUUGUAAAGAAGAUGAAGUAUGAUGAAUCAUACAACUUCGAACAAGAGGGGGAAGAUGAGGCCAUGUUCCAGGAAUACAGAAAACAAAUUAAAGUUCUGUUUAACAAUUUAGCCCAGCUGGACUCUGGGUUGAUCCUGGUAACUGUACACAACAUUAACACUCGGACCUUGUCCCACUGGAAAACCUCUGCUGUCAGCGAUAUCGAGGUGGCAAUUUACCUGCUCCAUCUCUUGGGGGAGGCAGUUCCAGCUUCACACAGCCAGCACUUCACCGGAGACCUAACUAAGGUGACUGUUUUACAAGAGAUGAUGAGACUGCUUGUCACAAGUCGAGUGAGCUGCCAAGGACACAUGAUGGUGCUUUUGUCCUAUUUUGAAACUGUAGUGAGAUACGAAAAGUUCUUCAAUGUAGAGCCACAGCAUAUUCCAGAUGUCUUGAUGAGUUUUCUUGAUGAACGAGGAUUGAGAAAUCCAAGUGCCCAGGUUAGGAGUCGGGUGGCGUACUUAUUUUCACGAUUUGUCAAAGGAUUGAAGCACCACUUGCAGAGUUUCCUUGAGGACAUUUUGAAGAGACUUCAGGACUUGCUGAUUUUGAACUCACCAGACAAUGGCUACCAGCACCUGUUAUCCAGUGAGGACCAGUUGUUUGUGUAUGAGACAGCUGGUCUCCUCAUCGUACACAGCUCUUUGCCAACAGAGAAAAAGAAGGAGUUGAUGAGAAGGAUCCUGGCUCCCAUUGUGGAGAAAUUUGAAGGGUUGCUCGCCAAGGCUUGUGUCGAAACAGAUGAGACAAAACAGCUGCUGUACGCCCAGUGUCUGCAUACAGCAAUGAGCCUUGCAAGUCGUGUGAGUAAAGGGUUCUCAAGCCAGCAGACUAUGAAGCUGUGUGAUUGUGUGAAGCCCUUCACAGAAGUGCUACAGGUAUUCUUGCAGGUGUUAUCAACACCUGUACACCGACAGCUUCUGCAUGCAGGGGUGCGUCAGUUCCUGCACCGAAUGGUUGUGUGCUUGGGGGAGGAGAUUCUCCCAUACAUACCUGUCGCCAUGGAAAACUUGCUCAAGUAUGCAGGUGCCAAGGAACUCCAUGAUUUCAUUCCACUUAUGAAUCAACUCAUCAUGAAAUUUAAGGAUUCCUUUGUGCCAUUUCUGCAAAAAGUGUUCAUGCCGCUGGUGAGGACGAUAUUCCAGGUGUUGUCCGAGCCGGUUGAGGAAGGUGACCAGGUUUCUACAGAGGACAAACGACUCCUUCAGCGCAGCUACUUUCUCUUGAUUUCAACCAUUGUCUCACAAAAUGUCUUUCAAGUUUUUACAUACCAAGAGGCCAGUGACCUUCAGCAAGUGAUGAUGACCUUGAUCCAAGGUGCUAUGGACAACCCAGACCCUCAGGGGCAGAAGAUGUGUUUUGGAAUACUGAAAAGAAUGGUGGAUGUUUGGGGAGGAAAAGGUGGUUUGGAAGGCUUUGAAGAUUUCAUGUACAAAAACAUAGUCCCAGCCUGUUUCAUGGCUCCCGUAAAACCAACCUUUGAACUUGGAGAUGCUCAGACGAUCUUGGCAUUGGGAGAGAGCGCAGCCUGUAUGAAGAGCAUACUGGAUAAACAGGGUGAGGCGUUUGUAACAUACUUGCAGACAGAGUAUCUCCCAACUUUAAACAUUUCUCCACAAGGAUCACAGGAAUACUGUCAAGCUUUAAAAGCAGACCUAAAAACCUACAAGAACUUUCUGAAGGUAUUUUUUGCACGUGCCAAAUCAUGACCCACAUCUCUGGUUUAGCUUCUGUUUAUAUACCAUGUCCUGCCUUCUCGUGUUGUGGACAAUUGUCAUGGCCUGCCAAAUCUGUGAAGCCCACUGGUGACUGAUACAAGGAUCGAGCUGGGUGUGCCAAGACCUCUUAGAGCUCUGCAGUUAUCUGGGGUUUAUACAUGUAGUGCCACAACCCAUAUGUUUGGGCUUUGGCUUAUGUGUUCAUUCACAAAAACAAUUGAUGUGCUAUGCAAAGGAGCUGUGGAAAUUAAUCAAAACAUUAUUACCACUUCCUCUAAUACUGUCCAUGAUGUGUCACAUUCUAAUUUUUUGUUAUUACUGGGCGAUUGUGGGUCAUUCGCUGUUUUUCUGUCACGAGAUUCUAUUUUCUGUCACUGUUUAAACAGAACUCAAAGGACGUGCAUGUAGUCAUAUCCACAAACUGUGUAAUGCAUGUGUUCAUCACACUUACUCGCAAGUAAGGAGUAACUAACAGAACAUGUGUCAGUGCUGUGAACUUUUCAUCUCAGUAGUUGUUCUAAAAAGGAACAAGAAGCUGAGACACUUCUGAAAGGCUAUGUGACAACACAACAGUGCUUGGAUGGAACCAACAAUCUUUGAAGCUAUAACCUGUGUUUUUCUUUGAACCACUAGACCCAGGGGAAAUUUCCAUUGGCUCCCCUAGAAGGGCAUUAGUAAAUACUAUCAUAUACUGUUAAAGUCUCUUCUGAGUAUUGAACCCAGAUAUAUCAGAUCUUGAAAUUCUAAGAAAUCCUCUAAAUCAGUUUAUGGAUAGUCUCAGUGUCUAGCAUUAUUGGUAUUCCGGUUGUCUUGCACACCUAUUUGAUUUGUUUUGAGAAUUUGUGUACAUGAUUUCAGAGUUACAUUUGGCUGGCACGUAAAAAUGGAUAAGUGCCCGUAACAUUUCACUGAUUGCAAGGAAAAUGAUCUGUAGCAGGGUAGUAUCUGCUUACAAGAUAUUAAGUAAUCUAAGGAUAAGAUGUUCACUCAUAGUUUCUGCUGUACAAAUAGAAACAACUGCCAUACAAAAGAAUUAAGUUAUUUUCUUGUACAUAUUUAACAAAGUCAUUCACCAGUAAGCAGUUAAUGUUACUUGUGUUGGCAGAAAUGUAUUAUCUGUGAAAAGGAUUUCAGAGUCACAUAUUUGCUUACAUAAUGUGAACAUUAGAAUUAAUUUAAUAUUUAAUUUAAUAUUUUCAAGUGGUGUUCAGCCCUUUUUGGUUGAAAUAAAUUGAUAAAGCCUAAGUACGACAUUCUGUUUUGUCAGCACUGCUCGUUGGUAACUUCAUGUGAAUGAAUUAUAAUUCAUUAUAACUUAAAUCAAGUAAUGCUCCAGAUAUAUUUGCAAUAUAAAGUAAGUAUCUUACAGGUCUUUACACUUUUGAAUGAUUUAAACAAUAAAAAGUGUAUGAAUUUUGUAAUGACUAUGUAGUAUAUUAUUUUCUGAAAAAGGUUGUCCUCUGUUAUGAAAAAAAAUAGCACUUUUACAAACGUUACCUUGAAUGAGGUCAGCUGUAAUAAUUUCAACAUUUUUGUUAUUCACAUCAAGAUACACUAUUUUCCAAAAUCUUCGCUGUAUGUACGUUCAAAACUUGAAUUAGGCAUGAAACAAUAUGUUGUAUUUCUUGGAAUACAGAUUUUUAGGGAUGAUAUUAUACAUUGAUUAAAACAAAUAGCAAGUAUUCAAACUUGAUGUGCAUGAACACUGAUACGGAUUACUUGUACAUCAAGAAUGGUGCUUUUGUUAGCCAGUGAAAAAUCCUGUAAAUCCCAAAGAACCCAAAAAUUUAUAAUUAUGUUAUUUCAGUUUCUGUUUGGCUGCUAGUAUGCAUGUUGUUGGAUAGUGUGUAUCUUUGUUUUUUCUUUAAAAUGAACCCAUUUAAUGUAUAUUAGGUUAUGCACAGAUUUACUUUGAAUCAUUUUACAAAUUCUUUGUUAAGUUUAGGCUAUAUCGGACAUGUUUUCAUCAUGUUAUGUUUUAUACAGUUGUUUAAUUGAAAUGAAAUCAGUGUUGCUGAUUUUUGCCUGAUGUGCCGAAAAGUUGAUAGGCUAUUGAGAUUGUAUCCUAUAGUGGUAGGCUGUUGUCAGGGAUUGUAUCCUACAACUACAGGCUGUGGUCCGGGAUUGUAUCCUGAUGGUUUCAUAGCAUGGAAGAUAACCAGGUUUGACCAGUAGCCAGGUAUUAUGUCCUACAGUUGAAAACUUUAGUCAUGGAUUGUAUCCUACAACUACAGACUGUGGUCAGGACAACUAUCCUACAACUACAGACUGUGGUCUGGGAUUGUAUCCUACAACUACAGACUGUGGUCCGGGAUUGUAUCCUACAACUACAGACUGUGGUCAGGGAUUGUAUUCUACAACUGAUGGUUUCAUAGCAUGGAAGAUAACCAACUUGACCAGUA